AAAAGUAUAGAAGAUAACCAUGUGCCGUUGGUAGGACCUGUACCCAUGAUCUGCAUGUCAUUAUUGAACGAAUGUUACAGGAAGUGUUCACUUUUCUUCUUUCACGCUAUGAGGCUUUUACAAAAAUGAAGGUGCACUUGGCACUCAGGCACAACAGCUUGCUCGUUGUUCUGAGCACUCUUGUAGGUGAUCGUUACCUAGAUUCUGAUUCGUGUUACACUAACAUCAAUUUAAACCUGAAAAUACUGAACUUCUGUGAAGGUUUCUCAUCCAUUCCAUAAAAUGGACUGGUGCUUACAUUCGCAAGUCAUAUUGGUAGUCUGUAGAAGCCAUAAAGGAGUAUUUUUAAAAUAAAACAUUUGUGUCUUUUCAGAUGCCAGGACUCCGCUUCUUUCGCUGCCCACGGUGUGCCUCUCACCAAUUCUCCUUAAGGACACUGUUUAGACACCUGCGCACUACCCAUGGCCAUGAAACAAAUUGGGUGUGCGGCUUGAGUGGCUGCAUGCAAACAUUUCGUCAGUUUUUUUCAUACAAGAAGCACGUAUACCGAAAACAUACUGCAUUUGUGGAAGGAAUGCGCCCCCGUGACAUUUUGCGGGUGGGGAUGACACGAAGCAGUACGAAUGCAGCACCUGAUGUACCUUCAGAAGAUGCAGAGUGUCUAGAUGUGCAGGCCGAACAGCAUGACUCGGUCAGCAGUUCAAGUGACUAUGCUUACCAACUGGCAGCACUACUUCUCAAAUGGAAGGAAGGAAGGCGGCUACCUGAAUCCACUGUGCAUGAAUUAGCCAAUGAUGUUAUUGACUUCGUGGAAACCAUCACAGACCAUCAGCAGAUACAACCUCAAGACGAGCCAGCCAUCAACAUAGAAGAGAUUUGCAAGCAGCAACUUGACCAGCUACGGACAAGAUCUGGCCGGACAACUUACUGGAAAGCACAUUUCCCACUUGUAGAAUCCCGUACGGUAGUGUUGCAUGGAGGUGACACCAUGGAAUACGUUCCUCUCUGUGAAGUGCUCAAGUGCAUUCUUGAACAUUCACAACUUUCAAAUGAGUGCAGCAGUUACUCCUGCGCAGAUGGUUACAUGCAUUCGAUAUUUGAUGGAAGUGCAUUUAAAAACCAUGAGUACUUUGCAGGUGAUACCAGUAAACUUUGCCUGCAGUUGUACAGUGAUGAGUUUGAAGUGUGCAACCCACUAGGCAGCAAGAGAGGAAAACAUAAACUGACUGGUGUCUACUUCUCCGUGCUAAAUUUUGAUGUGAAGUUGCGGUCAGCACUGUCAGGUAUUCAUCUCUUACUCCUUGUUAAAGAUAAGCAUAUUGCCACCUAUGGAUUUUCUAAGAUUCUUGAACCAUUAAUCACAGAUGUCAGGAUACUAGCAAAUCACGGCAUAACUGUGAACGGAAACUUGGUAAAGGGAUCCGUUUUCAUUUUCACUGGUGACAAUUUGUCUAGCCAUAGAAUUGGAGGCUUCAAAUGCACAUUCAGCCAAGGAAGAAUUUGUAGGUACUGCAUGGCUCUGCGGACCGAAACUGACUACAAGCAUUUAGAAGUUGAUUUUGUGCUUCGCUCACCGGAAGGGCACAAACACCACUUGAGUAUGUUGAGUGCAGGGCUGCCGACUCUCUCAUUGUAUGGGGUCAAGGAGCCAUGUGCUCUUUUAUGCCCCGGCUUUGAUCCGACGCUACACCUUCCACCGGAUAUAAUGCAUGAUCUGCUUGAAGGAGUACUACCCUUUGCACUGCGGCAUAUAAUAUCUUCAUUAAUUGAACAACGAUUAUUUUCACUUCAUGAUUUGAACAAAAGCAUGUCAGAAUGGCUUUAUGAUACUCAUGAUAUUGGUAGCAAACUAGAGCCCAUUUCUAAGCCAUAUCUUCAAGGAAAAGCUGUCUUGAAGGGGUCGGCAACAGAAGCAUUUUGCCUAUUUCGCAACCUAACCUUCUUUGUUGGGGAUAGCGUUCCUUCAGACAAUGCAGUUUGGCAGCUUUACCUACUUCUCCGAGAAAUUGUUGACAUUGUCAUGAGUCAUAAAAUUCCAGUUGCACAUAUUGCCUACUUGCAAAGAAAGAUUCAUUUCUUUUGUCUUGACUUCAAAGCAUUGUUUCCAUCAGUAUCACUUCCAUGUAAAAUGCAUUACCUCAUACACUACCCUUCGCACAUAGAGAAAUUCGGACCAUUGAGCCUGCUAUGGGCAAUGCGCUUUGAGGCAAAGCACCAGUAUUUUAAAGAUAUUGCUCGAAAAAUACGCAACUGGAAGAAUCUUUCCCACAGUCUUGCAAUGAGGCACCAGUUUUUGCAGAGUUUUUUAUUCACUGCAGGUGAUGACAAAACAACUCCCCGUAAUACAGGCGUGAGGUGCAUACUAUACGAGCACCUACCUUGUUGUAUUAGAGAGUUCAUAACUGUGAAUAAUCUUGUGUCCACAAAUGCAACGGUUGUCAAAUCUGUGACUGUUGAUGGCAGGACAUACAGUGCAGGAUGCUGCCUUGUCAAAAGUGUUCCAGAGGAUGGUCUGCCGGAAUUUUUGCUUGUGUGUCAACUAUUUUAUGUGAACAAGUUGCUAUUGGUUCUGGCUAAACUGCUCGAAACUGUCUGUUUUGAUGAGCACUUUCAUGUGUAUGUUGUCAGUCCCAGAGAAGAGUACACUGUUCUAACAUCAUUUUCCGAGUUUGAAAUAGAACCGUUGUACAUGCGUGAACACAAGGGUCGAAGUGUUGUGAGCGCUCGGCAUUCAUUGUUCUAAACAAGUAACAGGACUUUCUCGUGAAAAACUAUAACAGAAAACUGCAACACUUAACUGCCCUAUCUAACUUCAGUUGUAAAUCGCACUUGUAUCAACUUUGUUAAUGACUUGCACCCUACUAGUUCUCGGGUGACAACUGUUUUUGUGACUCAUUUGUGAAACCUCAAUAAUGACGCGUGCAGCUAUGACGGAGAUGUCGGCUUUUUUAUAUUUUGUGCAUCUCCGAAAUCUGUCUGGAAACAGAAGUUGCACCAUUCACUGCAAGAACAUUAAUCGCUUGUAUUUGCCGCUGCUGUAAACUUGCAUGAGCAAUGUGAAUAUAUAAUUACAAUGCAUUUUUGAAGGUAAGAAAUCGCAUAACAAACUAGUAUUUUGCAAGACAAAU